AUGUCGUUGUUCGGGACGUCUCCAGAGGAUCCCUCUGCGGGUGAUUCUGCUCAGAGAUCCAAAUCUUCGUUGUUUGCUGAUGAACCGGCUACGGGCGGCUCGUCGCUAUUCGCCGACGACGACGGCGACGACAGUUCCUCUCCCUGGAACAUGCAAAAUACUACAACGAAGCGGACUGCUCGACGCGACCUGGUUCGAACCUUGCUUCCAACUACAGAUGUGCCGGAAAGCUACAUCGACGCAUACGAUUUGAUUCUGAACAGUGGAGACAGGGUGGGCUCCGGUAUUGGCCUGACGUCGGUGCGGGAGAUUCUCUCGAGCAGUGGGCUGACUGCGACCGACCAAGGCAAGAUCUUGAACCUGGUUGCUUCCAGCGACCACGAGAGCUUCAAUGGACUCGGUCGUGGCGAAUUCAAUGUGUUACUGGCGCUGGUUGGCCUAGCACAAGAGGGCGAGGACCUCUCCUUUGACGCAGUGGACGACCGCCGCAGAAAAUUGCCCCAACCGAGGGCUGGCUAUCUCGACCGACUACGAACGACCGGCGACGCGAGCUCCGAGCAACCAUACCAAGAACCUGCUACUCCGGCUUCCCAAUCUUCUACCUUGCCAGAGCCGGUUGCGAUACAAUCGGAAAGGCCACGGCGAGAAUCAUUAGACGGAUUGGAUGCCGACCCAUGGGGCAGUCCUCAAUUACAUCGAGGGCACAACCAUGAAACGGCAGGCACCGAGCAACCUAUAUUGAAUGGCUUCGGGAGCGUGCGUUCAACGACAAACGCCUGGUCUACUAAGGUGACUGCAGAUACAACACAAACCAAUGAGGUUCAGCGGGAGAGUUCCAAUGGCCCGACCGAGGCUGCGCCGCCUAGCAGUGCUGGGUCUGGAUGGGACCAUAAUAAUUUUAGCGCGUCUGGUCCAAGCGAUCAGAGCAGCUUUGGGGGCACGGCACGUCCCGAUCUAAGUGGCUUCGGUCCUCCAGGGGAUGAUCCAAGCAAUAUUGCACCACGGCGUCGGUCUCUUGGUCUCGGGCGAUCGACAAACCCGCAGAUCGAGGAGACCGUGACUGUCACGUUGCUGCCAGAGAAAGAGGGAUUGUUCAUGUUUCAGCACCGAAACUACGAGGUCAAAUCUGCACGAAGAGGUAGUACGGUCAUCCGGCGCUAUAGUGACUUUGUUUGGCUAUUGGAUUGCCUGCAAAAGCGAUUCCCUUUCCGGCAAUUGCCUCUUCUUCCCCCCAAGCGGGUUUCAGUCAAUGGCGCUCACCUUUCAGCGGACUCAUCUUCUUUCCUCGAGAAACGCCGGCACGGACUUGUUCGAUUCACCAACGCCCUCGUUCGCCAUCCCGUUCUCGGCCAAGAGCAGCUUGUGAUUAUGUUCUUGACGGUUCCAACAGAGCUUUCAGUGUGGCGAAAGCAAGCCACAAUAUCAGUGCAAGACGAGUUUGUCGGCCGUGUUCUCCCACCGGAUCUUGAGGAUUCGUUACCCGCUACUCUUGACGAAACGUUUGAGACGGUUCGGAGCGGUGUUAAGCGUUCUGCCGAAAUCUAUAUUAAUCUUUGUACUUUGCUUGAACGACUUGCUAAGCGUAACGAUGGGUUGGCUGCUGACCACCUCCGGUUUUCCCUCGCUUUGCAGUCCUUGACGGAAGUCACGAAAGACACGUAUGCAGUGGAUACCAAUGAUAUUCCGUCUCUUAAUGAAGGUAUCACAGCUACCGCUCGGCACCUCUCUACCAGCCAAAGUCUAUUGGAAGACGAAGCCCGAGGGUGGACCGAGGGGGUUCUAGAAGAUCUCAAGCGGCAACGUGAUUGCUUGGUCAGUGUGCGCGAGAUGUUCGAUCGGCGGGAUCGGUAUGCACGGAACAACAUCGCACAGCUAGAACGGCGUAUUGAGACCAAUGAGCGGAAGCUGCAAGAUAUCCGUGCCCGACCUUCCGGCACUGUCAAGCCCGGGGAUAUUGAGAAGGUUGAGGAUUCUAUCUUGAAGGACAAAGAAUCUAUUGUGCAGCAGCAUGCCCGGGGGGUCUUCAUCACAGAAUGCAUCCGGGACGAACUUAUCCAUUUCCAGCAAAGUCAGUAUCAUAUCAGUCGCCUGCAUCAAGACUGGAGCCAAGAGCGUGUCAAGUAUUCCGAAUUGCAGGCCGAUAACUGGCGUAGCUUGAGUGAUGCAGUCGAGGGUAUGCCGACGAGCGUGUAG